CUCAAGAAGAAGAGGAAGACGAACAGGCGGCGAUCGAAAGUAAAAAAAAGAAAUACUACCGCUAUGGCUGAUGAAAUCGCCAAAGCGCAGUCUGCACAGCCUGGAGGAGAUACAAUUUUUGGUAAAAUAAUCCGCAAGGAAAUUCCGGCCAAAAUAAUAUAUGAAGAUGAGCAGUGCAUAGCUUUCCACGAUGUGGCUCCCCAGGCCCCAACUCACUUUUUAGUUGUCCCAAGAAAGCCGAUUCCUCAGAUUUCUAAAGCAGAGGACAGCGAUGCUGCUCUCCUUGGACACCUCAUGAUUGUUGCCAGGAAGUGUGCAGCACAGGUGGGAUUACCCAAAGGCUACCGAAUGGUGGUCAAUGAAGGCCCAGAUGGGGGUCAGUCUGUCUACCAUGUCCAUGUUCACGUCCUGGGAGGCCGUCAGAUGGGCUGGCCUCCUGGCUAACGUGUCCCUGAUUCCCCAAUCCAACGUGUACAACUGUAAUUCUGUCUUGUUGUUAGUCAAACGUUCACUCAAAUGUGACAUUAAAACCAUAUGCCAGGUGUGUAGACUCAGUAUGGGGGAAAAUGCCCAUAUAAAAUAAAAGCACUUCAUAAAAGUC